GUGAAUUCCUCUUUCAACUUGUUUCUCUCUCCCUGUUUCCUCUCAUCUGUCAGAAAGCGCGCACGCGCGCGUGCACGAAAACCACGGACUGGUCCAAACGACGAAUAUGUGAUCCGAGGACAAGGUCGUCCAAAAAGCAACUGUCACGGUGCUUUCGGAAUCCAUUCGGGGAAAGUGCAAUAAUAAGAUGAUACUUGUUCUCCCGUUGCUAUGGACUAUGGUCCUGUCCGUUAUGGGCGGCUAUGUUCCACCUGGGCCACGGUUCAGGUGUCCAAGUGAGACCAAGUACAUCUACCCUUGCGUGUGCGUACGAGGUAGCGACAGAGGGCUUUACAUCCACUGCGAAAACACGAAUCUGGCCAGCCUCAGCCUGGCCUUCUCCAAUCUGGGUAACGAGGGCAUGCCCAUCGAGGAACUCGUUUUGUACAAAUGUAACAUAGGGCGUUUCUAUGGUCCAGCGUUAUAUCCUCUAGACGUCCGAGUCUUGAAGUUUAUCGACACCCCGUUGAGACUGAUCGAGGAGCACAGUUUCCUCGGCGUGAAUCGGACUCUCCAGGAGCUGUACGUGAUAAACAGCGUUCUGGAGAAAUUCCCACGCGAGGCUUUGCAGAUCCUGGGGAACUUGAGCAUCCUGAGCAUUGCUGGCCAUCGAAUCACCGCCCUGCCAGCGAACAGCUUCGCCGAGAGCGCAGCUGCUGCGAGAAUCGAGAAACUGGCGAUCAGUAACGGGACUUUGACCUCGUUGCCAGUGGAGGCGUUGACAGCCCUGAAGAAGCUAAAGAGGCUCGAUCUCCACGAUAACGAGAUCAAGGAGCUGAAGAGGAAUCAAUUCAAAGGUCUCAGAGACACCGAGUACGUGGACCUGUCCCAUAAUUUGAUCAACAAGCUGGACGGAUCGCAUUUGGCCGAUCUAACGAAGAUGGGCUGGUGCAAUCUCUCCCAUAACGCGAUCGCGGAUUUGAAGAGGGGUACUUUCGCGAGGAACUCUCUCCUGAAGGUGCUCAACCUGAGCCAUAAUAAAAUCAGGAAGCUCGAUUCGAACACCUUCCGUGGGAUGCGGUUCUUGGUGAGACUGUUUCUGAGCGACAAUCAGAUCAACGAUGUGGGCAGGGGGACGUUCGGUCCAGUCACGAGGAUAGGCACCAUUGACCUGGCCAGGAACUUCAUCAAGAAGAUCGAUUAUCAGAUGUUCAAUCAGCUGCAGUUUGCUGAGUUGCUAGAUGUCUCUGAAAAUUUCGUGACCGUCGUGGAGAAGCUGUCGUUCAAGGACAUAUAUCUGGCCAGGGUGAACUUGUCGCACAACGAGAUCGCCAAGAUAGAGCCAGGAGCUUUCGAAAACUGCGUGAACCUGACGGUCCUGGACCUGAGUCAUAACAAGCUAGACAAUAUCUCCAAGUACUCGUUCGAUAGCGCAACCUAUGCCACUCAACUACAAUUAAGUUACAAUCAGUUCACCGCCCUGAACCAGGUGCCUCUGCACAACAUGACAGGCUUGAAGGUUCUGAACGUCUCCCAUAAUCUGAUACACUCGGUGCCCCGUCAGACCUUCCCAAAGCUGUACGAGCUCCACACGAUCGAUCUGUCUUACAACAACUUAUCGGAGAUACACAACGCCGUGUUUCAAACCCUGUUUAGUUUACGGUUCUUGAAUCUGUCGCACAAUUCCUUGGAGAAGAUCAAACCGUCCACGUUUGGCCCAUUGCCGACGCUCUUGGAGCUGGACAUGAGCUACAAUCAGCUGACAGACGUCGCACGUGGCAGUCUGACUAGGUUGCCUAGCUGCAGGAUCCUCACAGUCAGGAGCAAUCGACUGACAAAGAUCUUCCAGCUGCCGAUCUCGUUGGCCUCUUUGGACUUGUCCGAGAAUCUACUCGAAGAGAUACCAACUUUAGAAGUGUGGCCAUCGAUGAACGCUCUUCUCACGUUGGACCUCUCCAGAAAUCGGUUGGCAGAUAACCUCAAGUAUGGGAGCUUCGAAAACCUGUUGACCUUGAGGACCCUGAAUCUGGAGGCGAACAACAUGACGAAACCACCGUGGCAAGCACUCAGCACACUGAGCAGUUUGCAGUAUCUUCGCUUACAGAAUAACCAGCUAACCGAGCUAGGAAAAGCAGCGUUCGGACGCCUGCCAAUAGUGUUCGAGCUGAACUUGGCCAACAAUCGGAUACGAAACGUGAGCAGUCGCGCUUUCGAAGGGCUGCUGCAACUGCUCACGUUGAAUCUGACAGGCAACGAUCUCAGUCGCAUACCAAAUGGAGCGUUCCAGGGCCUCGUCUCCCUGAGGACUCUCGAUCUCUCUCACAAUAAAUUGGAAAGCCUGGACAACAAAACUCACGGACUUCUGGACGACUGUCUGUCUCUGGAAAGGCUCAAUCUCAGUCACAACAAGAUAUCCUUCGUCACCAGGAAAACCUUUCCAAACGACCCGUGGAUCCCUUAUAGGCUAAGGGAGCUCGAUCUCUCGUACAACACCAUGCCUGUCCUCACCUUCGAACUCACCGUUGGCACCAAGAAGGUUCAGUCGUUGAACGUCAGUCAUAAUAACAUCAACGAGAUUCGAAGAUACGUGAUCGGGAACCUGACAGCCAUAGAGACACUGGAUCUUUCCUACAACGAGAUCAACGACCUCUCCGAACCAGACGUCUUCGAUCCACCGUUGAACCUGACUAAUCUGCAUCUGAGUCACAAUCACCUGACUCACAUACCCUUGAACAAGAUCGUACCGCUGCCGAAUUUGAAGGUUCUCAACCUGGAGUCCAACGAGUUUGGCGUGUUCGACGACGCGUUCAUGAAGAUCAUAGCGAACGGCACGAAGCUUCAGUAUUCGGGGAACCCGUUACACUGCGACUGUUACGCGAGGCCCCUUAAAAGGUGGCUGAACACGCACACGGAAACACCGAACGAGUGGACGAACGUUACCUGUAGGACUCCGAAUUUCCUAGCUGGGAAACUCUUUUCGGAGGUCACUGAAGAUUUUAUGGGCUGUGGGGAGAGGGAGGUGAAGGAAUACCCUGAAUUCGACAUCACUCCAGACGUAAAGUAUCGAAAUAUUGAAUACAACGAGGACGACAACAGCUGGAAGGCGACUUGGUACGUGACAUCAAGGGAAGACAUCGGUGAUUUCUAUGUUGUGGUGCGCGAAUCUGGAAGCAGCAAGUUGGCCAUCGAAAAGGACCUCAUCUACAGCGAGCGAUCCUUCAAGAUCCAGGAUCUUCAGGACUCCAGGUCAAAGUACGAGUUAUGCGUCCUCGCGAGGGACUCUGAGGGGAACGUGAAGCACUUUCGAAGCUCUCAGUGUCAGAUUCUAACGCAGAGCGCGUUUGAUUCUGCGACGAGGUUCAUGGGCGCUGUGUCUCUGAUCCUAAUCGCCUUGUCCUGCAGUAUUCUAGCAUAACGGCAGGAAAGGAGAGCGUUGCAACAGCGCAGAGAUUCUUUCUCGCGACUGUUUUAGGAAACGACGUGCUGUGAAACGAGGGACGCUGACUUUGGAACGACCAAACCUGUUCGUCUCAAGGUCAUACUUUGUUUGAAGCUGUUAGUACAUGGUUUCGUGGGUAAGAAGAUAAUCAAGAAUAAGAAUCCUUAAAAUACUCAAUGGUAGGAGGGGGACGUCAAGCAUAGGACCUUGAUGAAUCAGGAAAUGAAGAAAGCUAGUUUUCCUAAGACGAGGUCUUCUGGCUUCGACCUUCGAUAACAACAAGUAGAGAAUGUUUAGAAAAUUACCCCCAAACUUAAGAAGGAAGGUAGAGGCAAUAUUCCUUUGUACUUGUGUGCAUUUCUGCAGAUUUUUAUGAAACUUUCUAUACAUGUCCAUCGACUCCUACAACUGUGGUGUUCUACGUAUUAGUUUCUGCAUUCAACCUUUUCACUCUUAAUUUCAUCAACGAAAUACAUUUCGAAGGCUGCUAUAUAAAUAUUUAGCCAAACUUACAUCAAAAUCGAAGAUGGACAAGUUUGGUUGGUUGGCUUGUAAGGUUUUUGCGUCCCAGAAUUAAACGUGUAAAUAGCGACCUCGAGAAAGAACAAUGUCGCGACGUGGAUCGUGGCUGUACAUAGGUUGUAUACGUUACCAGUACCAGAACGACAAAGGCGUUGAACGUCGUGUAUUUAUUUUUGUAAAA